UAGGUGGACCAGAAAAGGACUCAAAGGGCCCUGGGCACUCUCCCACCCCAGGGCUCCUAAUUUGCUCCUCCCUUGUCGCUUCUACUCCGCCCCUUAAUGGCCCUAAACUUCCUGGGCGGGAAUUGUUUGGCUUUUUCCUGCCCCAGUUUAGGUGGGGGUGGCUUUUGGCCUGAAGAGCAAAAAUGGAGCCCAGGAGGGUAGCGCCCGGACCACCCAGCCAGGGCUCUGCAGUGGGCGCGGGGUCAGCCGCGGAGCUCGUGUACCAUCUAGCAGGGGCUCUGGGCACUGAGCUACAGGAGCUGGCACGCCGUUUCGGACCCGACGCGGCGGCUGGGCUGGUGCCACUAGUGGUGCGGGCCCUAGAGCUCUUGGAAAAGGCCGCCGUGGGGCCGGCUCCGGACUCGCUGCAGGUGUCCGCACAGCAGGCCGAACUGGAGCUGCGGUGGCUGCGCGAGGAGAACCAGCGCCUCCGCCGGGAACUAGGCUCGGGGCCGCAGGAAGAGCGAGCGCUGCUGCGACAGCUCAAGGAGGUGACAGACCGACAGCGGGACGAGCUUCGGGCACACAGCCGAGAUCUGCUGCGCCGGAGCCAGGAGACCGAGGCGCUUCAGGAGCAGCUGCAGCGUCUCCUGCUGGUCAAUUCUGACCUGCGGCACAAGCUGGCCGCGGUGCAGACCCAAUUGAGGGCGGCGCAGGACCGGGAGAGGGAGAGCCAACUAAUUCGGAAUGGCUCCCGCCAGCUGACUGAAGAACAGAGGCUGGAGCCCGAAGCGGCAACCCCGGAUGACCCGGUGGAUGCUCAGAAGCAGCCAGAGCACACUCCAGAGGCCGUUCAGUGUGGCUUCAGCCGGGAGGAGCUUGAGCAGAUCCUCCAGGAGCGGAAUGAGCUCAAAGCCAACGUAUUCUUGCUCAAGGAGGAAUUGGCCUACUUCCAGCGAGAGCUGCUCACAGAUCACCGGGUCCCUGGGCUUCUGCUUGAGGCCAUGAAGGUGGCAGUCAAAAAACAGCGGAGGAAGAUCAAGGCCAAGAUGUUAGGGACACCAGAGGAAGCGGAGAGCAGUGAUGAUGAGGAUGGCUCCUGGCUCCUGCUCUCCAAUGACAAGGAAGAUGUUCCCCUAAAUCCUGAGUCCAGAAUCCAGAAUUUCUUUGGCUUAUGGUAUCGGGGUGAAACUGGGGGCCCUGAAGCUGAGACCAGCAACACAGCUCCCAGCAGGCUACAGGAAGGAGAAGAGGUCACACAGCAACCCCACCUAGAACCUUCAGGCAGCCUUCCUGCCCCCAGCUCCUGACUAGGCCUUCUCAGCUUUCAAUGGAUGUCUUGAUUGGAGGGCUUCAGCUAUAUGAGAGGCCUAACUUUGGGUUCUGGCUGUGUAUGGAUGUGUGACUUCAAACAAAGAUGAAGCUCUUCUCUAGACCUUGCCUGCACUGGGCAUGAUGGGAUUUCAGCCUGGCUCCCUUUCUUGACAUCUCUGUACCACACUGCAGAGCCAGAGGUAAAGGUAUCUCUGAGCUCUGCUUUCCCCAUUGUGAGACAGAGGGUUGCUUGCCUGUUUGUGCAGGUGACCAGUACAAUAAAUAUCCAUAGUACCCCUAAAAA